ACAAGAACUCUUCCUUUUACCUCUUCUGAGUGUGGGAGCGCCCUGAGAGCGACGAGAUCUAACGGGACGGACAGAACUUAAGCGAUCCAUGGCUAGCUAUGGUUCAUCGGGCGAACAACACGAAGGUGAUGUCAUCUGAUGAACAUUCGGUGCUUGGGGAAAAAAAUGUAUGUAACUGAGGGAUGUGCUGUGCAAUGCUAUGAAGAAGAUCCUGUCUUGUUUAUGGUGGACCCACCCAUCUGUGACUAAACAUGAAGCACCCAUAGAAGAUAACUUGCUCCUGUCUUUGGCCUAAAAUUAAGCUGUGUGAAUAAUGGAGCCUGGAUCCGUGGUACGAGCCAUCUUUGACUUCCGGCCCAGCGUGUCAGAGGAGCUGCCUCUUUUUGUGGGAGACAUUAUUGAAGUUCUGAAUGUGGUGGAUGAGUUCUGGAUCUACGGUGUCAAAGAUGGAAUCAAAGGCCAGUUUCCCAGCAGUUUUGUGGAAUGUGUUCCUAUUCCCAGUACACAGUGUGGCGAGAAGCUCAUGGUAUGCACAGAUGACUUCACAUCUCAUGAACAUGGAACUCUGUCCCUUAGGAGAGGUGACGUAGUAACGCUGGAAGAAUCCAUUGACACUUCAUGGCUACGGGGCAGGAACUGCCGAGGUACUCGUGGGAUUUUUCCUACAUCAUGUGUACAGAAAUUGUGUUUGUCUUCCAGGAGCCGCCUUCUGUCAAAACGAUCGGUAUCCGAGCUACCUGUAUAUGCCAUGGGCCAGGCUCGUGCCCUGAUGGGUCUGUCUGCCCUGCUAGAAGAAGAACUGGAUUUCAGAGAAGGUGACAUAAUUACAAUUAUUGGGAUCCCAGAGCAGGGCUGGUUUAAAGGAGAGCUGGAUGGUAAGCGAGGUAUAUUUCCAGAAGGCUUUGUGGAACUUCUAGGUCCUUUGAGGAUGGUGGAUGACAGUUUGAACCGAGAGAACCUGAGCAAUAAGAAUGAUGUGAUAACAGAAACUGAGUCAUCUGUGAUAGAGGAGGAAGAAGACAUUGGUGGGCUUUAUGGAACAGCAUUGUAUGAGUUCCGUGCUAUUGAAGAAGGAGAACUAGAUUUUGACAUUGGGGAUCGAAUACAGAUCAUCCGCACAUUAGAUGAUGGUUGGCUGGAAGGAGAAGUUCGUGGCAGGAGAGGCAUUUUCCCUUAUAGAUUUGUGAAGCUUGAGAAUUUAGAACAGCAGCAGUCAGAUUUUAGUAUCACUGAUCAACAUAAAAAUUUCACACAUGGUGAAAUUCGGAAAGAUGAGUUUAUGAACAGUACCAAAAAGUUACCACCAUUGCAGAACUGGAUCACACAGUCUCCAGAGUUUAGUGCCUUUUGCAGAAUGGAGACUAAAUCUUACACAGGUUCCAAAGCCUUGCAGCAUUCAGUUCAUCACACAGAUGACAAUGCUAGAUCAAAGUCUUUCAGUAAAUCUGAUGAUCUCCACGAAAUUAGAUCAUAUGACACAAGGCAAAUCACAGAUGCUGCUGCAGCUUCAAACAGUUGCUUCAUGGCAACUGACCAUGUACCUCCAAAACCACGACUGCCACCACGUCCAAGAAGACCACCUCUAUUGUACAGCAAACUGGAUACUAAUUCUAUAAUUGUUCAAACACAUUUAAAAGUGAAUGAAAAGGAGGAAGAUGUUGGAGCAUCUCUGCCUGUUGCUUGUGGUGUUCUUCCUUUUGAAGACAAGGAGACCUUCACUCCACAUGUUGCUCCCAGUCAUUGGACACCAGCAGAGAAACACUGUUUUAAAAUACCUAAAGAGGAGGAUGGUGAAGUACUGAGGCACAGCUCAUCUGGAGCUACAAGGAUUCCUAAAGAGAAUGGCAUUUAUUCCAAGGGUACUGUUUACCAGGAUCUGACAAAGUGGAUGGAAGAGUGCAGACUAAAAGAAACUGACAAGAAUUGCAGUUUUACCCCAUCACCCCAUUCUCAGCAGUGGAAUUUUAAUUUAACAUCAGAGUCUCCCACAGCUGACAGUGGCUCAAGCCAGUCCUUAGAUUUAGAGUCCAAGCUAACAGAGCAGCUUCAACAGUUUGAACGAAGUCUACCAAGCCCUAUACCUGGAGAGUCAAAGAAAGUAUCCCGGCAUUUUUCUAUCCUGGAUUAUAGCAGCAAGAAUGAUAUUUUACUUGGGUACCCACAGUCUUCAUCUCAACAAGGCUCAUUAGAAAGAAGGAGAGCCCUGCGGCCUCCACCUCCAAGGCCUAAUAGCAGAGGUCAUACUUCCCCUGUCCAUGAGAGAUCAAAUAGAGACAAGUCUCCCAUAUUAAUGAUCCGACCUUCUCGACCACCCCCUCUUCCACCUCCUUCUGUUCAGAGAAGGACUGCAGCAUCUCCAAAGUAUGAGCAGAAAGCUGAAGACCAAGCAGAAACUGUCUCCAGUUGGCAGUCUUUGGCACUGGAAGAGCACUCUGAUACAGACGAAGUGCAUGUCCAACAUGAAACUUGUGGGCUGAGGGUAGACCCAGAGGUCACAGUUUCUCCCUUUGAAGCAAGAAUUCAAGCAAUUGAAAAAGAUUUAGAACUGUACAGCAAAACUUGGGAAGAGUUGUCAUUGAUGCUGGAUGGAUGUUUAGAUGAAACAAUCCGAUCUGAAACUUUGGAGAACCUGGAGUUUUGCAGUUGUAACAUGGAGACUUUAAGGACAGAACUUCAGCAGCUGAAAGAAAUGACUCUACUGUCAACUCAUCCAAGUUCCUCAGAGUCCUCUCAGUCAGCAUCUGUCAGCUCUGAGAACCCGGAGCAGAGGAUGAUGGAGAAGAGGUCCAAGGUCAUUGAAGAGCUUUUGCAAACUGAAAGGGAUUACAUCAGGGACCUGCAAAUGUGUGUCGAUAAGGUUCUUCUCCCACUACAAAGGAAGCAGCUGCAAAAUGUGGACUUUGAUGGCCUCUUUGGCAACAUUCAGAUGGUAAUUGAAGUUUCUCAGCAGUUGUUAAAAGACCUAGAAGAUGCUGAUAAUAUAGGUCCUGUGUUUUUGGAACACAAAGUUCAACUGGAAGAAGUGUACAAAAUUUACUGCCAAAAUCACACCGAUUCAACUUUAUUACUGGAUACUUAUGAGAAAGAUGAGAGCAUUCAGAAACACUUCCUGGAAUGUUUGGAGACCUUGAGGAAUAUCUAUAAAGAAUGGGGUAAAACAAAUUAUAUAAACUUCGGCUCAUUCCUCAUCAAGCCAGUGCAGCGUAUCAUGCGUUACCCAAUGUUGCUGAUGGAACUCCUUAACACAACGCCGUCAUCCCAUGGUGACAAAAGGCCACUGAGUGAGGCAGUUGUGGCGGUCAAAGGCAUCAAUGUGAACAUCAAUGAGCACAAACGUAGGAAGGAUCUGGUGGUGAAGUACCGAAGAGCAGAUGAGGACAGCUUGAUGGAUAAAAUAUCUAAAUUAAAUAUGCAUUCCAUCUUAAAGAAGUCCAGUCGAGUCAGCAGCCACAUCAAACACCUAACUGGAUUUUCACUGCAGGUGAAGGAUGAGAAUUUUGAUGAGCAGGAGAAGAAUUUUCGGUUGCAGGAAAGGCUGAUCAAGUCAUUUGUUCGAGAUGUGUCCCUUUAUCUGCAGCAUAUUCGGGAGUCAUCUUCAGUGACCGUCCUGGCAGCCAUGAGUUUGUGCGACCUGUACGCAGAUACAGGGAAUCAGAAUCUGACCAGUUACCAAUCUGCUUAUCGUCACAUCAGUGAGAAGCUGUUCAAUGACUUUAGUAAGCGAACAGAUUGUUUGGUUUCUACACCAUUGAACCAGUUACUGGCCAUGUUUGCUGGACCACAUAAACUUAUCCAGAAAAGAUUUGAUAAGUUACUAGACUACAACAACUGCAUAGAGAAGGCAGAAAAACUUAAAGACAAGAAGACACAGGAUGAGCUGCAAACUGCAAAGAACAACUAUGAGGCUCUCAAUGCUCAGCUGCUGGACGAACUACCCAAGUUCCAGCAGAGUGUCUUGGAGCUUCUUGUUUGCUGUGUGCGAAGCUUUGCUGAGGGGUACAAAGAUUUUGUGCAUUUAACACUGGAGAGGCUUAAGCCACUAAUUCAGUUGGCAGGAAUAGAGGUAAAAGAUGGAAAUAAUAUUGCCCUGUUCCUGGAAGAGCACAAUAAGGUCAUGCAGCAGCUGCAGCUCUUCAGUUUCUUCCCAGAAUCCUUGCCUACAAGCAGAAAACCAUUUGAAAGGAAAAGCACAGAGCGCCAGUCUACUCGCAAGAAUCUCCUUGGUCCUCUAUACCGCACUGGAAGCUGUGAGCCUAACUACGUCCUGCAGACAGAGCAACACAAGGCCUCUCUCCUUACAAAAUACCCACCAGAGAAACUGUACCAAGCUGACAGGAACUUUAACGCUGCUCAGGAGCUAGAUGUAUCUCUACUGGAAGGAGAUCUUGUUGGGGUGAUAAAACAGCAGGAUCCAAUGGGCAGUCAGAAUCGCUGGCUAAUAGACAAUGGUGUGACAAAGGGAUUUGUCUACAGCUCUUUUUUGAAGCCAUACAAUCCUCGGUGCAGUCAAUCCAAUGUGUCUGUUGGCAGCCAUUCAUCUGGUGAGUCAGGGUAUGGUGGUUCCUCACCUGUUUUGUCACGCCAGAACAGCAACAGCACUUUGACCUUUAACCCUGGCAGCACAGUGGUGGCUUACUGUCCUUCCAGCACACCACAGCAUCCCGGCUCAGAGUCUUACAGUCAUUCGGAUCCAUUCUCCACCCUAAAUGUAGAGCCUUGCACCUCCAAGCUUUCCAAAUCCAGGGAUGUAAGCUUUGCCCAACAGUCUGGUGACAGGGACACAAGUUAUUGGACUGACCAGACAGACUGGUGUACAUUAUCUUACAGUCAGACUGUGCCCGGAGAGCAGCUCGGUUCAAAAGAGACUGCUCAGCAAGGCAGCUUAUUAGAAAAGAUUGCAGACAUUGCUAACAGAACUGGAACAAACUCUCAAAUUAAUAACAAGACUGCAUUCUAUGCAGAGACUGAAACAACAAGACAGAGUGAGCCAAAAGAAAAUCGGGUGUACUAUGCAAUAUACUCCUUCAAAGCCCGUUGCAGCAAUGAGUUAAGUGUAUCAGCCAACCAACGCUUGAAGAUUCUAGAGUUCCACGAUAUAAGGGGUAACAAAGAGUGGUGGCUGGCUGAGUCUGAAGGGAAGCAGGGCUACGUCCCGUCUAACUACAUUCGUAAAACUGAAUAUACCUGAAGAGAAUUUCAGAAUUCCAUGUAGGGUUCUCAGUCAAUAAAUGACAUCACAGUGGAACAAGAGACUUGUGCUAAACAACCCACGAUAAUGCUGAGUAAGGGUGUAUUUCUGAUACUUCCUGAAAAAGACUGCACUGUUAACUGACAGAAAUGGGAGGCAUGUUUCCUUUUGUCUUCCUUAUGAACACUAAGCUCAUAGAGUUAAUGCAUAACUUUGUUUUAUUUUUUCACUUUAUGCUGGUUAGCAAAUAUAUAUGAGGCUGAACAAAAAAAACUCCAGUGAUAGAGGAACUGCUCCUUUUUAUAACUGCUCACACCUCACUGUACUUCACCUGUGGUCAAAGUGCAAUACAACUGAGUUUUUCCCAGAGACUUCACAGGGAAGGGGACAACUAUUACUGAAUAUUUAACCGAGAACAAAGUAAUUUUUAGUUGGUCAUUAUCCCUGGGAGACAUGUACUUGUGUUUGAAUGUAUACUGAUGUACGUGCUCCAGGCAUCUCUACCUGUGCUUAACAGUGUAGAGAUUGUCCGUCUGGUUGUAAUGACUGCUACAGAACAGAUUCUGAAUUGUGUUUGAAAUGAAGCAGUUUAUGAGCAGAGAAUACAGCAAAAAUAUUAGUGUUUCAGAUACGGAUACAUUUGGUAUUUCAGUUUUGCACAAUUUGUGAUAUGUAGUAGUUUGAAUUUUCUAAUGAAAAAAAUUAAACAUUUCCAGCCCACUGAAA